UUUGUAAAUUUGCAAUCGAACUGGGAAAUAUGAGGGCAGCCGGGACUCUUGUUACAGUGCCAUUUUAGCAGAAGUUGAGGAGUGGAGGAAGAUCGGAGUCAGACUCAGUGAGUCACCGAAAGCCAACGCCGAUUCUCAAUUUUUGAACUUUACAGAAUUUCUGUAGGUUCUCAAUCAUGGCUUGGAGGAAUCGUAUGCCUCGCCACCCUGAUGACUUCCGAGAAUUUCAUGAUGAUCGUCGGCCUAUUAUGAGUCGAGGACUAGGAUCCCUCCCUAUUCACCCUGCAGGUUUAGAAGAAGAACGUGAGAUACAACAUAGAGAUAUAAGGAGGAUUCUUUCUGAGAAUCGGCUUGUAAUUGAAGAUAACACCCUCCUUCAAAGGGAUUUGACAGCUGCGAAAGAUGAGAUUCGUAGAUUAGGUCAGGUCAUACCAACACUUGGUGCAGAGAAGGACGCACGGGCAAGAGAUUUAAAGGAGAAAGUACGAAAGCUAGAAGUUGAUCUCAAAUCGACUGAGCCUGUAAAGGCUGAGGUUGUUCAGUUAAGAGCUGAAAUUCAGAAAUUAAAUUCUUCACGGAAGGAGAUGUCUGCCCAAGUCCAGGGCCUCACAAAAGUUGUUAAUCGACUGCAAGUAGAGAAUCAGCAACUUGUUUCGAUAAGAACAGAUAUUGAUGGGGUUCGCAAAGAUAUUCUCGAAGCAAGGAGGGCUCAUGAAUAUGAGAAAUCAGUAAACCAAGAACAAGUUGAACAGAACCAAGCAAUGGAAAAGAACCUCCUUUUCAUGGCUCGUGAAAUAGAAAAGUUACGUGCAGAAAGGCAAAUUGCAGACAGAAGAGCACAAGAACAAGGGCAAGGUAGCUGGGGUUACGAGGCACUGAAUGGAAGCCCUGAAAGGAGAUAUGCAGGUGUGGCAUCUGGUGAUCGCUAUGCCAGUGGCUUAAGAUAUUAUGAUAAGCAAGGCCCUCCUCCUCCUCGACGAUGAAAUAUGCAUUUAGACGCUCUUAAUUAAUUUUCUACUUAUGGCCCUCUUUCAUUUAAGUGUGAUGCAACUGGGAUUUCCACUCAAAUUCUGGCUUGUAAAUUUCUGAAAAAUGCUGACAUUAGUUCUGUGUGUAUCUUCCUAAUUUUUACUGAUGUGGGCCACCGUUGCUGCAAUGCUAUGAUUUCAUUAAGCCAUUUAACAAAAA